AUGAAUAUACAGGAAGGCAUUGUAGAGGAGGUGGAUAUACCACCGAAUCUAUCCGCCAGAUUGAGUUCUUCUAGAAAUGACGUCAGCGAUUCACAAGCUGAUGAACAGUCAAAUAGGUUAGUGGUUGCCACUGGGUCUGUUGAUGGUCUUUCUGCUUCAUCGUCAUCGUUAGAGUCGCUCAAUAUGCUCCUAGAGAAACAGAGGAAGAGACAAUUAAAUCAUCCCCAACAUCAAGAAUUUUUCAGUGAAUCACUGAGACCUCAGGAGAGCGUGAAGGAGACAAAUGAAAUCUUUCUGAAAUAUGAUCCUAUCUCCAAGCGUAAAGUUUUGAAUACUUAUGAAAUCAUCAAUGAAUUGGGUCAUGGCCAACAUGGGAAAGUCAAGUUGGCCAGAGAUCUGCUUACGAAAAGAUUAGUUGCGAUUAAGAUUGUGGAUAGACACGAGAAGAGGGAGAAGAAUUUUCUGAGGUUCAGAAAGAAUACCGCUUUGACACACUCAGACAAGAUCAAACGAGAAAUCGCUAUCAUGAAAAAAUGUCAUUAUAAGCAUGUGGUUGAGCUUAUUGAGGUCCUAGAUGAUUUCAAGUCACGUAAGAUCUACCUAGUUUUAGAGUACUGCAGCAAAGGUGAAGUGAAAUGGUGUCCCGGAGAUCAAAUGGAGACUGAGGCGAGAGGCCCACCAUUAUUGACAUUCCAGCGGACCAGAGAAAUACUUCGAGGCGUUGUAUUGGGAUUGGAAUACCUGCACUAUCAAGGCGUCAUUCACAGGGAUAUAAAACCUGCUAAUCUCUUGAUCUCGGAGGAUAAUACGGUGAAGAUCUCUGAUUUCGGAGUUUCUCUAGCUGCAACAGGCGCUGAAGAUGCAGACAAUAUAGAAUCUGAUGAUGAACUGGAGUUGGCAAAGACUGCCGGUACUCCAGCUUUUUUUGCACCCGAAAUUUGUCUAGGGAAUGAAGCGUUUGAAAAGUAUCAACUUAAGAGAGAAGAUUUAUUCAAAGGCUCCAGUAUCUCCUUUAUGAUUGACAUUUGGGCCUUGGGAGUUACACUUUACUGCCUGCUUUUUGGCAUGCUGCCGUUUAUCUCUGAUUAUGAACUCGAACUUUUUGAGAAGAUAGUAAAUGAUCCCGUCAAAUUUCCUUCUUAUGAAGAAGUCAAGGGCAAUCGAGUCUCCAUGCUUUCAAGCGAAGAAGAGUAUAACAUGGCACUUGAUUUGGUUAAUAGAUUACUCGAAAAGAAUCCCAUGAAAAGGAUUACUAUUGCAGAGAUUAAACAACAUCCCUUUGCAUGUUGGGACUUCGAUCAUCUGGCUAGUACAGAAGACGACUAUAUUGAUUCCAAACUUAGAGAAGUUAAAGAAUUCCAAUUAGAUAAAGAAGAGCAAUUCAAGCAGAUAUCAAUUUCGAGACAUGAGCUAAAAAACGCUGUACUUGGCGUUGGAAAGAAAAUAAGAGAGUCUGUAUUCAAAGCUCUCCCCAAUGGUCUAUGUCGUUCUCAUAAUGCACCUACUUCUCAUAGAGGCACACCAGAGCCAACUAUAUCCGAGACGGGAACUAAAAAUAAUGAAGAUAGCAGUAGCGACUCAAGCUAUAUUGUCAGUGAGGGUUCUAUUAUGAGCAAUUUAGGCAGUUUAGAAAAGAAUUCGCAGACUGCUAACAAGAAGAAUAAAGAAAUAAAACACACCAAUAGUAAUGACGACAAGAGUUCAACCUCAACAAUUUUCAAGAAACAAUACAACUUUUUUAAUGAUAAUGAUAAUGAUAAUAAUGGUAAUGAUAACGGAUAUGAUAAAACUAAUCAUGAAAUACAUGGCGAGGUCUCUCAAUCGGACCUUUUCGAACGGGAACUCCAAAGGUUUGACGACAAGCAUGAUCCCAAAUCAAUCGUCGACAUUCCAAUCAAUUCAUCUUUUGCUUCCCUCGAUAGUUUGUACAUCGAUAAUUAUGCCGUGAGCAGGUGCACAGCGCCUGACGAAGAGAUAGGCCGUCGGGACUCGAGGACAACACCAACAAUCCAUGUUAGACCUCCUUCAGUGGGCCCUUUUCACAAGCCCCAAUUUGGAGCAAGAAACAACAGGGUUCCUGGGCCAUGGCGCAAUUCCUCUUCACGUGUGAACUACCUUGAUUACGGGAGUCACUCUACAAGGAGUGACAGAGUCCCACACACUAUGGCUUCACCAACACAAGGAAUUUUCAAUCGCGAAGAUGGCCGCCGUAAAAGUAGUAAACUAGCAAAGUCGCAAAAUGGUGGUGAACCUUUGUCUCCUAAUCAAGAAAAGAAAGCUGACGCGACUGAUCAUCGUCCCUUCCAGAAGAGAGAUGUGGCGAAAGAAGAUGAUCCAAAACAGUUCACAAUCAAGAGGGGCAAUUUUUUCAGCAGUUUCAAUGGUCAAGACGAGGAGACGAGUACUUCAUCCGAAGCAUCAAUAAGUGAUGGCUCUUCCUGUUCUUCUCACUCCGAUGCAGAAUCGAACGGUAGUAAUACCGAUUCAUUACCGUUUGAAUUUGGUGUAGAUUCUGCAAAUGCGAGCGUUGUUUCCAUGAGAGACGUCGCUGGCUUUGAAACUGUGCGGCCUUUCAUGGAUGUACACUCGACUACCCGUCGGGCCAGAAGUGGAACAUUGGAGCAAAACGAGUCAAGUCAAAGCCAGUUAGAGGAAGAUAGUGAUGAUAGUGGAGAUAGCGACGAAUUGGUUCUGAAUAUCGGAGGUUCUGGACAUAGUCGGCGUCAAGGAUCGGCUCAAAGUAGUGCUAGCAGCUCUAGAAGAGGUACACUUCCAUACCUUACUCAUGGUCGCGAUUUAGAUGCUCCUACACAGGGCCCCAGUUACGCAACUAUAAUACCAUGCAGCGCAUCAACUAUUCUUCCUGUCGGCGAUUUGACAUCCCAGAUGUCUUUCAACGUGCCCUCAAAUCUCGAAGGGAGAACACUAGACGUUCCAGAUCACUUGACAAAACCGCUGUAUAUGACCGAUUAUGCUUCAGAGGAUUUAAGCAGCUCUCCUUCUCCGGGUCCACAGAUUGCGAGAGCAACUGCUACUACAAAUGCUUCGUUGGCCAUUCCUCGUGCCAAGCCUACAACACAAGCUUCUAAUGUGGGAGGCAUCUUAAGCAAGAGUAAACAUCGUGAGCAGUCUCAAGAUAGGUCAAAGGAUCUACUACGAACAGUUUUGAUCACUUCAGCGGGCUCAAACAGAAGAAAGUCAGUACCUUGUAUUACAGUACCAAGAACCGCAGAACCAGGACGAACAAGGCAUCGUCCAGGGCUAGAGAAAUCCACCAGUUCUCGCUCGACCAGAAGGCAGCCUAGAAGUUCAAUGCGCAAGCCAUUUAGCUCGGGAGAGACAAGAUCACAGUCCAUUUCCCUGGGUGAAUUGGGCUCGGAUUCUGCCCACUAG